AUGCGGAUCCGCAGGUCCGCCUCCCGCCUGCUUGGCUCCGCCGUCUCGGGCUCCUGCACGGAGCCGCCCCGAAUCGAGCCGCCCCCGCCCCCGCCGCCAGCCCCAGCCCCAGCCCACGAAUCCGGCGCCGGGUUCGUGGGGCCGAAGACUUCCUCCGGCGGGGAGCCCUGCUGCGAGCUCAGCCGGUCGCCAUGGGACCUCAUGGCGCAGCUCGACCUCUCGGAUCCCCAGGUGGAGAAGCUCUUCGUGGAGACUUGCUUCAUGAGUGUUUCCUGGCGAGGUAGCUGGCUCUUCCCAUCAAGCAUUACCAUGCCUACUGGCUCCAUCAAGGAGGAGGAAGACUUGACCGUAGAUAUGGUUGACGGGGUCAUCUUGAAACUGCACAAAGCUGUGGAAAAGAUGGAGAGGAAGCCGAAGCCAAAUAAGGGGUUCAAAGUGCAGAAAGGAGUGUGGAGGUGCCGGAAGAAUGACGGCAAGAGGUGGUGCUGCCAGCGGCCCGCGAGUGAGCCCAACUCCUACUGCCCGUACCACUUGGACCAGAAGCCCCCCGUCAGCGACAAGCCACGUAGAAAGAGGCCCGACAUCGACCUGGGCGAGGGGUUCUACUACUAUGCGGGGUUCGGCCCCGGCACCAAGAAGCGCCGCACGUCAUGCAGCGACAGCGUGCCAGAACCUAUUCUGCCUGCUGAAUCUCUGAAAGAGGAGGCACCAUCUGAAAUGCAACUUAAUUUUAGUGCUUGUCAGGUACAAGUGAAUGAAUCAGACCAUCAAUCAGUGCUCCCGCCAUCAGCACACGUCGUCGACGAGCCUGGCACCGCUAGGAUGGUGGGCUGUGACAAGGAGAGCAGUGAUGAUGGCAUGCAGGAACUUCCACUGCCUGCUAAACAACCAAAAGAGGAGGCACAGUCCGAAAUGCAACUUAAUUUUAGUGCAGGUCAGGAACAAGCUGAUGACUCAAACCAUCAAGAAGCAGCGGCAUCAGUACGUGUAGUCAACAAGCCUACGGGCAACGACGGCACCACUGGGAUCGCAGGCUGGGACGAGGAGAGCAGCGAUGAGGAAGCGCUUGGCUGCAAUGGCAAACAACCCUGCGGCACCAAGAGGAAGGGCCCGUUCAAGAAGAGGUGGAGGAAGCCUGUGAAAGCCCGGUCGCUCAAGUCACUGAUGAUGUCGUAG